AUGUUUAGACCAGUUGCUCGUUUAUCUUCAAGAAGAUUGUUUUCAGUUACCCCAAGAAGAUCCAAUUUGAUUGGUGAUUUAUACAUUCAACAUAUCAAAGCUUUCAAACCAAAAGCUUUGACUCAAGCUGAUAUUGACAGUGCAGUUAAAGCUUUCCAAUUACCAGCUAAACCAUCUGUUCCACAAGCAGAUGUCAAUGCUGAAGCUGUCAAAGAAUACGAAGCAAGCGAUGUUGAAACUGCUUCUCCAAGCACCGUUGCUGCUGAACAAACUAAAUCCGAUGAAGACUGGUUUGUUUUUGAAGAAGUUGAAGAAGCUGCUCAUUAG